UUCAACCAUGUAAGUUGUAUAUCGGGGGUUUUUGUGGAUUGAAAUCUUAAAAUUGUUAACCAAUCAAACUCUUCCCAAAUCUAAUAAUAGGCAGGGACUUUGGGUGGUUACAUUUUCAUUUUCAUAUAUAUAUAUUGUUGCAACGUAACUACUUCGAUAACUCUGACACCAGAAUCCUCAUUGACAAAAGUAACUUUGUUUUAUGUAGGAGAAGAUGGAUAAAGAAAAUAUACAUGAUUCUCAAUUACAUUUCGAUCUGAAUACUGGUGCAAAGAUACCAGCAGUUGGUCUUGGAACAUGGAAAGCUUCUCCUGGUGUUGUUGGUGAUGCAGUUAUUGCUGCAGUUAAGGCUGGCUAUAGACAUAUAGAUUGUGCUCGGGUAUAUGAUAAUGAGAAAGAGGUAGGGGAGGCAUUGAAAACAGUGUUUUCUACUGGGGUAGUAAAGCGUAGUGAAAUAUUCAUCACAUCAAAGCUAUGGAUUAGUGACUGUGCACCUGAAGAUGUCUCAAAGGCACUGACAAAGACUCUAGAGGACCUGCAGCUUGACUACAUUGAUUUAUAUCUUAUACACUGGCCUUUUAGGACAAAGUCAGGAUCAAGGGGUUGGGAUCCUGAGAUCAUGGCUCCCUUAUGUCUUCCAGAGACAUGGAAUGCGAUGGAAGGUUUAUUUGCCUCGGGUCAGGCACGUGCAAUUGGAGUCAGCAACUUUUCGACUAAGAAGCUUCAAGACUUGCUCGGAUAUGCAAAGGUUCCACCAGCAGUUAACCAAGUUGAAUGCCAUCCUGUUUGGCAACAACCUGCUCUCCAUAAUUUGUGCAAAUCAACCGGUGUUCAUCUCACAGCAUAUUCUCCACUGGGUUCUCCUGGAUCAUGGGUAAAGGGGGAAAUCUUGAAGGAACCAAUUUUGAUUGAAAUUGCUGAAAAACUUAACAAGUCUCCGGCACAGGUGGCUUUAAGGUGGGGACUCCAAAGUGGUCACAGUGUUCUUCCAAAGAGUGUAAAUGAAUCUAGGAUCAAAGAAAAUCUUAGCUUAUUUGAUUGGUGUAUCCCUCCAGAACUCUUCUCAAAAUUCUCACAGAUUCACCAGCAAAGGCUGCUUAGAGGGGACUUUGCAGUUCAUGAAACUAAUAGUCCAUACAAAAGUCUUGAAGAAUUGUGGGAUGGAGAAAUAUGACAUGGAGAUAAUUUUUCAUGGUCUCUGAUUGAAGAAACUUAUAAAUGUUAAUUAAACGAAUGUCUUCAAACAUCUAUUUUGUACUGAAGAUGAUCAUUAUUGCUCUUCCUGGCUUGAUGUGAAUACUGAGUAGAUAGAAAAAGAAGAAACCAUUCAGUCGUUAUUUGGUUUGGUUA